UAUCAAUCCAAUUAAAUGUCUUGAGCGAGCCGAGCGGGCGGUGCUCCCCGCCGCCGGCCGCCCCUGCUCUCGGCGCCCCGCUAUCCAUGGCUGGCUGGCUGUACUCCUCCCGGUGCGCCCUCCUCCCGCAUCUCACCAGCCUCGGCAACUUCCCCUCAGCUAGCCUCUGCCCCCAGGCCGCCACGGCAUGGGCUAGACCCCGAGCCGCUUCUUGCCGUCUCCCGUCCAGUCCGCGCGCGGUCUCGCCCCUUUAGCCCGUCUCGCCCGUCCCCGCCGUUUCCCCGACAGUCAGUCCAUCUCUCGGUCGGCUUUCCUCCGCGGGGCAGCGGUGGAGGACCAGCGGGCUCCGUAGGAGCGGGAGCCCCCACCCCGCUCCUCCUCCCGCUCCUCUGCGCUCCUACUCGUCGGGAUCCCCGUCCCGCACCGAGGGACGCGCCGACCGACGUCCUCUCCCCGCGGCCGUACGACCCGCCCGGGGACUGGACCCGGCGCCCACUUCUUCGCGGAAGAUAUAUGUUGGGUAAAGGAGGAAAACGGAAGUUUGAUGAACAUGAAGAUGGGCUGGAAGGCAAAAUCGUGUCCCCCUCCGACGGUCCAUCCAGGGUGUCUUACACCUUACAGCGCCAGACUAUCUUCAACAUUUCCCUUAUGAAACUGUAUAACCACAGGCCUCUCACAGAGCCCAGCUUGCAGAAGACUGUCUUAAUUAACAACAUGUUGAGGCGGAUCCAGGAGGAACUCAAGCAGGAAGGCAGCCUGAGGCCUGCAUUCACCCCCUCUUCCCAGCCCAGCGACUCACUGAGCGACAGCUACCGGGAGGCCCCGCCUGCCUUCACCCACCUAGCCUCGCCUCCUGCUCACCCCUGUGACCUAGGAAGCACUACACCCUUGGAGGCCUGCCUCACCCCUGCCUCCCUGCUCGAGGACGACGAUGACACUUUUUGCACUUUGCAAGCCGUGCACCCUGCAGCUCCCACCAGACUCCCUUCUCCAGCCCUCCCAGCAGAGAGGGACAGCUUCUCCUCCGCCUUGGAGGAGAUUGAGGAGCUCUGUCCCACAUCUACCUCCACAGAGGCUGCCGAUGCAGCAGCUCCUGAGGCCUCAAAAGGAACCUCCAGUGAGUCCAGUGUCCAGAAAUCUGAGGGGCCCCAGGAAGGCCGCACAGAUGACUCAAGACUCAUGGACUCUCUGCCUGGGAAUUUUGAAAUAACAACAUCCACGGGUUUCCUGACAGAUUUGACCCUGGAUGACAUCUUGUUUGCUGACAUUGAUACAUCCAUGUACGAUUUUGACCCCUGCACUUCUGCAUCGGGGACAGCCUCAAAGAUGGCCCCUGUGUCAGCUGAUGACCUCCUCAAGACCCUGGCUCCGUACAGCAAUCAACCUGUUGCCCCAAGUCAGCCUUUCAAAAUGGAUCUCACGGAGCUGGAUCACAUCAUGGAGGUGCUUGUUGGCUCCUGAGACCUGGGCCCUGUGACUGUGCCCGGCCAGGCCCUGCAGCUGGGGCCCUGUGACUGUGCCCAGCCAGGCCCUGCAGCUGGGCCCUGUGACUGCACCUGGCCAGGCUCUGCAGCUGGGGCCCUGUGACUGCGCCCAGCCAGGCCCUGCACCUUUGCAGCCCCAACAGUUUCUCCGCACUGUGCAUGGACCCUUGCUUGCCUUUUUCAGAGAAAAAGAAAAUUUUACAAAAGGAUCACACUAGUAUUUUCUUCAAGCAGAGUUGGAGUGCCUUCAUUCAAGUAUGACCACUUUUAACACACUCUUCUGAGUGGGUUCCUCAGAGCCCUGCUGCCCUGGCGUAGGAGAGAAGACAUUUGAAGACUGUGUUGCUAAUGUUGAAAGGUGAACAUGAACAGUUCAAGUGAAGCACAAGGAUUAAGUUGGAAAAGCUGUAAAUUGCAUGUGCAUAUUUGUCUAUUUUUUCUAUAAGUUUUAUUGCAAGAGGUAAAAAAAAGAAUAUAUAUCUAUAUUAUUUGGAUAAUCUCAGUACCUUUUCUGGCGUUUGCCCUGUGUAAGUUGACUUGGCAAUUCAGCCUUUUUAGAGGCAUUAACUACUCGUAAGUGUUGCAUUUACAUGGCUGUUUAGAAAACUGCUGCCCAAAUUUAUUUUAUAUUUUUGUACAGAUUCUGCAGUUUAUGAUAUUGUUUUUCUAAAAACAAAUGCUGUUUAUACAUAUGAAAUAGCUAUUUUGAUAGGAUUUGCUCACAUAGUUCCUGCAACCGUGAGAUGUACAAGUUGCACUUGUACUUUUAUAGGACUUGUAAUGUUUUAUAUGUGUAUGGUGCAAGAGAGAAUCGGAUCACGUCAAUCUGCAGUUGAUGUCCCCAGUGCAAAUACACACAGCGCUUAAUAAAGGGCCAGGUGAUCUGACACCCAAAUUUCACAAGCACCAGCUCCUGGCAUGGUCACCCGCCAGCACUGUGACUUCCAAAGCCAGAGCCUGUCUGCUCAGCAAACUUGCAUUAAGCAGUUGGGGUGCAGGGGGGUUGGUUGAUAUGACUCUCUUGAGCAGAGGCUGCAUCAUCUUAUUUAAGAGUGGACUCAGCAGGGUGUGGUGGCACACCCCUGUAAUUCCAGCAGUUGGGAGGCAGGGGCAGGUGGAUUUUUUAUGAGUUCCAGUCCAGCCAGAACUAACUAUACAGUGAGAACCCUGUCUCAAGGGGGUGGGGGGCAGAGCAGGGGGAUUAAAAACAAAAACAAACAAACAAAACUGCAUUUAUGCCAAGUUGCUGUUUUAAUUGCUUUUAUUUUAAUUUUUUAAAACAAAAACCCCGGUCUUUCCCCUUUGGCAUAGCUUUUAUGAUGAGACCACAGUUUUACACAACAAAAUUUUACAACAAGCAACUGACCUCUUGAUGGAGGUGAACUCUACUUGAGUACUUAGGGCUCAUGAAGAAGAAAGUCUUCCCAGAAGGCAUCCAUCAUGCUGAGCUGCCUCUCCUAGUGUCCUUUCCCUGGGGCUUUUGUUCCCUCUGUUGCUAAGAGCUGCAAAUGGCAUCUUUCUGAUCAGCACAGUGAGCUAGCUCUGCGCACCUCUGCCAGCCCAGCCAGGACGCGCCCUCCUGACAUCUGUGACUAGAGCCGUAGUCCACUGCCUUAUGUCAUGGUGUCCAAUCUGGUUGCUUUCCUUAAUUAACUGCUAAUUUAACUACACUUUACAAAGCUGUUAUUCCCAAAUACAUAGACAGGAAUUUCUAUGCAUGUUUCUGCCCCACCCCACCCCUGUGUGCUGGUCCCUUAAGCAGCUCUUUAUUUAGCGAUCCCACACACGCGUGCACCGUGACAUGCAAUCGUUUGUUUUAGUGUAUCAUGCCUGUUGCUGAAACCGCCUUUCUGCUUCACGGCUCUUUCUUGCAGUGGUACUUGAGCUGUUGAGUGCAGGUUACAACCUAUAUCGUUAUGCAGAUAGAUGGCUUCUUUAGAAAUAACUUUUAUAUUUAUUUAAAAAAACUUAAAUUAUGGGAUUUUUGUUUUUGUUUUUGUUGUCUUUGUUGGUCAUUUGUCAAUAUACAGUCACCAACCAAUUCUGCUCACUUCUUGCCAUGGAUAAAAUGGGUCUUUCUGGCCAAUUAAAAAGAUAAAUUUUAUAAAUGGCACUUUAAACAAGCCAUAGAUAGUUUUAUUUUUAUAAUGCACGUGGCAAGCAGAUGUGCUUGUGGUGAAGGAACUGCUCAUCCAAGCAGGAGAUUUGUGCAUGGUGGGAUUCCUGUCUUCUUCCACUCUUGAGUCACCUUGCCGUCACCCAGGUGUGUCUGACAGGUCAGCUCUGGAGCAGUGAGAGGCUGAUGCAGCUGUGCUCCCACAGGCACCCUCCACGGGCCUCCCACCGACCGCCAUAGACCUGUUUCCUUUCAUAUAGGACCAGGGACCAUAUGUAAGGUGACGGUUGGGUUGUCGUACACGCUUCCGAGGGUCAGUGUGCCUGUCCAUUUUAAGAACUUUUCUUUUUUGUAGAGCGCAGGUCUGCCCAUGCUCUGUGUGUUUUAGAACUGGAGGGUCCUGUGAACUGGCCACAUGCUACACACAUCCGCAUACAUGUGCAUAUACAGUAGUGUUGAUUAUUCCCAGCAAAAGUGGCACAAAGCAGUUGAUUGCCAUUGUCAAAAACUGAUUUACAGUAACUUAGAACAACUGUACUUUUGUUGGAUUAGCAAAUCGUGUGUUUAAACAAUCCCAUAUGUUGGGCGACAGUUCAAAUAAGCACAGAGAAGCAUUGCCCAAACUUGGUUCUCUUAACUCCAGUGCAUUUGAAGGCUGGGCUUCAAAAUCAAAACACCCACCCCAGCUCCAGCAGGCAAAGUGCUAAGUCCUCAAAAUGCUAAGUCCUGAAGCAGCCAUGGGAAGCUAACGGCCCGUUUCAGGAAGAGCAAGCCCACCCUGAGUUAGGACUGCCUUUGUGUCCUGUUUAUAGUAAGGAUGUCCCGACAGGGAAGACUUGGAGCCAGAGCGAGGUCUCCCAGCCCCAGGCUGAGUGGCGGAGUGGCUUCCAGAGGUUUCCUGGAGCAGUGGCUCACCUUCACUAAAGCAGUCCUGUGGCAUGCGAGCCAGGCAUUCAGCCCGGGUGCCUGGGCCUGAAGAGCUUGGUGACAAUGACGUGCAAUGACGUGACAAGGUGCGAGCAGAAUCCUGAGAGAGUUAAAGGGAUGGUUUUCCCCGUAAGUUAUUUAUUCUUUCUUUUUUUUUCCUGUGUAAAUAUAUUUAUUUUACCGUGGCGCUCUAAUAACAUCCUGGUGGUAUGGUGCAGAAUGUACUGUAGGAAUGUAUUUCUUGUAGGAACGUAGGUCUCUGUGUAUUAAAAGGGAGCGCCAAGCCAGCCCCCACCUGUCUCUUCAUCAGAUACACAGUCCACAUUCAUUUUUAACUCUCAUCUCCAAUAUGGGUCUAUUUAAAAUAUGCAAAAAGGUGUGGAUGAGGAAUGUUUUAAUACCUCCAAAUUUUUAAGAAAAUCAAGCAUAAAGGAAUUGAUAAUUUUUUAAAGUUUUCUUAGUAGCACUUUCUCUUGAUUGCGGAAGGGCAACACACAGGCACCCACCUUCAUAGCAAAGGGUGAGAAAUGGCCACAGCCUCCUAUACCGCUCCAGUGUCUUUAGCAACCGAGCCUCCUCUCGCCAUAGCCCAACCAUCCUGAGGCCAAUCAAGGAAAAUUUCUUAACGACGUAAGCUCCAAAGAGCCAAAGUAUCAACUUCCGGAUCAUUUUUAAAGCCUAAAUUUCCUACCACCUUUGCAGUAAACAAUGAAUUCUGAGCACUGCAAGGGCAGCCUUCUUACACGAGACACAAAGACUGCCUGUGCAGUGCCCGCUCCUCUGCUCUGUGAAUUGUCUUAAUUGUGAAACCUUGCUCUUACAAAUUGAACCUUUUUACAUUUCUGAAAAUAGCAGAAAGAGCAUAUUUGACUUGUCCUAUCUGUAAGUGGUUGGUUCUUGUUGCCACCCGGCUGGCCAGCACCUGGGUGCCAGCAGGGUGUGUGUCCGUCCGUCCGUCCGUCUGUCCGUCCGCCCGCCCUCCUGCGGCUGUCUCCAGUGCUUCCAAGGAUGACUCUACACGGCUCUUGGCCAGGAUCAAACGCUCUUGCAGACAAAGCCAGGAUAGAUUGUGAACUUUGGGGAAUUUGGAAGAGAAGAGUAGUCCAUAUAUACAGCUAAAGUGUUGCAAAUGUACACAGGGACGUGUUGGCACGUGGAUUUUGAGGAAGGAGGUGUGACCUUUCCCCACAGACCCGAGAGCUGUGCCUUUUCUAUGCAAUAUUACAGACGUCACAUCAGAACCCAGAGGGCUGUGUUCAAUGUAGAUUCAUUCAGGCUGUAUUCUAAACAAUGGGACAGAUUCAAUGUACAUGGGAAUGAGCAGUCUUUUGUAGUUUUAUAUUAUACAAUAAACAGUUAAAAGAUGAAA